CAUUAUGGCGGAGUCUCACAAAGGUCGGGUUGGCUGUCGUUAACUUUGUCUGGCAUUUAUUAUAAUUUAUUCUGCGAUUUAGUGAAAACGCACCAGCCGCUUGACAUUUCGGGAUUUAUUAGUCAUGAUUAUUUGUGUGUGUGAGUCAGUCUCGUCCUUUACGACUUUUCUCUAGUAUUUUUUAUUUUUUAUUGACGCCAUUUUGUGAUUGACGAACAAAACAACAAGUCCACGAGCAGCGACUAAUUUUACGACAUUUCUUCCUUGAGUGUGUUGCUCGUAUGAGUUAGUCUAGUUGCUACGACUAAUUUUACGAUAUUUAUUCGUUAUGUUUGAUGUUCGCAGGAGUCGGUCUAGUUGCUACGACUUUGGUCUAGUACUCGUUUCGUGGUGUGUUAUUCUAAACUGGAAUGGGUGUCACGGAAUAUGCGACCCAGACAGCGGACCCAUAGGAUCAGUGGAUUGCUUGCUUGCUGCGCCGCGUUACGACUCCUACCAGUGGGGAACGUGUCUGAACGAUACGUAUAUAGAACAGGUUUCUAACGGAAAGCAUACGUGUCCUGACAGGACCUCUUACUGUUAUUAUCUCUGUAUGAACCAGUUCCAUGGCUCGAACGACGCGCGCGUCCACCCAGAAUGUGAAUGCAGCCCGUGGAUGACCCAGACAGAAACACAUCUACCCACGGCCGUGCUUAAAGCUCGUACAGCUCAAAGAUCCGGUCUUCCCGCGUCCUGUCAGAAUCCUGUUGGUGCUGAUUGCUCGUGGUACAGAAUGUGCUUAGAGAAGACCUUCCAAUGUGAAGGGUCACCAUAUCCUUAUGCCAUCACCUUUGCCGAAAAGAUGUGUCUCAAGUUUGGGAAGUCUUACUCCACUUUCAACUCAAAGGGACAGAAGUGGAUAAACGCAGUAAGAAAGUGUCUGCAGGUAACGCUGGCAACGUUUCUCGGAUCAAGGACGACAUUAUCAUGUGAAGAGAUCCAAACACGGGCAUUCGCUUCACAUUCUGCUUGUUACGUCCACCCCAGCCCAGGCGCACCGUCAUUUUGUCAGUUGUCCUUUAGAGAUUUAUGGAAAAUCUUUUGGACAGUGAAAAGUGCUAUAGCUCAGGCACCAGGAUUAAUAACAGAAGGAUUAUUUGAGGUAAUAAAAGGGUGUGUCUUUUAACAUUAGAACUAUGCUUACGAUACGUUAGAUUAAUCAGACAGCAACCAAAGAAAAAAAUAUGGAGCCCCAACGUGUCUGCUUCCUGGGAACAAUCGCACCUGUAGACGUGGUUGUAUCAGCGGUAUUCCUCAGAACAAUAACUCUCAAUCAGUACAUCAACACAAACAUGUUCAAUGUGUUGAUAUUGUAGUACAUCAACACAAACAUGCUCAAUGUGUUGAUAUUGUAGUCGUUGUGGUAACUAUCUUAAUAAAACAAAACUGGAUAUCAAAAACAACAAAUACAUAUUAACCGAUCUCUGGGGGAAAAUACUGUUUGGUGAUUUUGUUUUCAGAACAUAAUAUGUACCCUUCAUACACAAUCUAGAGUAUAAUAUACACCAAUAAACUAUAUGUCGGUUAUACUCAGUCUACAUUAUACCAUAAUUAUUCAUCUUCUAGCCUGGUUUACAACGUCUUCCCAAAGCUACGACUUUUUAUAAAAUCCAGUUGAUCUUUCGCUGACAAUUCCUCAAACUGCUGACAGCUUUACAUUUACCAUUUCUGUUGUGAUUGGUGGAACGAAAGAUCAUCUGGACACAAAAUAACUUCGGCGACAACGAUGGCGAACCAAACAGUCAGAAUGGAUCCGUCUCCAGUCCUAUAUGACAUUAUUUUCUAGACUCGGGGCUUUGAUAAGACAGUAAGAUCUCACAUUAGUCAGAGUGGAUCCGUCUCCAGGCCUAUAUUACAUUAUUUUCUAGACUCGGGGCUUUGAUAAGACAGUAAGAUCUCACAUUAGUCAGAGUGGAUCCGUCUCCAGGCCUAUAUUACAUUAUUUUCUAGACACAGGGCUUUGAUAAGACAGUAAGAUCUCACAUUAGUCAGCGUGGAUCCGUCACCAGGCCUAUAUUACAUUAUUUUCUAGACCCGGGGCUUUGAUAACCUUCCGUCCAUACAAAUAACAUGUAGUUUGAGUGUGGAGAUUGGACUAAAGCCUCGAGUCUGGAUUUAAAUGUUUUAUGAGCAUCACUCCAGAAUGCCCUCGCGAUGCUUCAAAAUGUAUCAUCACUAGUCUUUACCCACGUGGGUGUUCUGGUAAUACACAGAUUACAGACGUGGGUACUGCAUGGCAUUUAUUAUGCUCCCCUUGAACAGUGUCCCAAACAUAAUUUACUCAUUUGGUAAUUAAACAAUUCCCUUUUGCGAGUGUAAAUAUAUAGCAGUACACACACUUAAGACUCUUUAUAUUACAAAAAAGAGAGAAAAAAACGUACACAACUACAUACGAGAUUAAUUAUUUAUUUGUUUGUUUAAUGUUAUUUUUAAACGCACAUAUAUAUCUUUGUUAUUGAAAUUGUACAGUUAAAUAAUAAUGGCAAUAACAUGGUAAUUGUGAAUAGUUGUGUACUGUAUUUCUGUAUGUGUUUGUCGGUCUGUAUGUAUGUACGUACGUACGUAUGCCCGUAUGUCUGUAUGUGCCUAUCUGUCUGUAUGCACGUACAUAUGCAAUGCAUGCAUGCAUGUAAGCAUGUAUGUAUGUAUGUAUGUAUGUAUGUAUGUAUGUAUGCAUGUAUGUAUUGAUGUAUGAAUAUCUAUAUAUUGUAUGUAUGUCGGGUUUAACGUUUACAUACGUAGAUAUCAACGCACUGGCGCAGGGAAUAAUUAAAUCCUUUCUGACCUCACACAUUGUCUCAUGCCGCUGCUGGGACUCGAACCUGUGGCAUCUAAUCGCCCGCAACUUCCAGACUUGCCACUUAUCGAGCCAUUCAUACAAAGGAUGCUCUUUAACUCAACCACAUGCAUGGGGCCUACAAGCUACGCGGUCGAUCGCGCUUAUGUGCAUGAAACAGUGGGCAGACCAGGCACUGACUUGUAGGUAUGCAUGUAUUGAUGUAUGAAUAUCUAUAUGUUGUAUGUAUGUAUUAUAAGUAUAUGUAUGUAUUUUUGUGCGUACAUUCGUAUAUGUAUGUAUGAAUCUUUCUUCGCGGGUGCAUGUGUGUGAAAUUACCUUAAAAUACGUUACCUGGUCUUCAUUUUAUAUUUAAACUCGCCAGUUGUGUGAUUACUUUACUUGAAUAAAAGGUUUUAAUAUAAAA